UUUUUUUUUCUUAAACAUACAAUAUGCCUGCUACUGUCUAUAUUGUCAUUUAUACACUUUAUCAUCAUAUUUACAAGCUAGCUGUUGAAAUUCAGCAAGGCCUUGAAGCAUCCGGUGUCAAUGCCAAGAUCUUUCAAGUACAGGAAACUUUGUCUGAUGAAAUUCUUCAAAAGAUGCAUGCACCAGCUAAACCUGACUUGCCCAUCAUCACGGUUGAUCAAUUAACAGAAGCAGAUGGUCUUAUUUUUGGUAUCCCUACAAGAUUCGGUACUAUGCCUGCUCAAAUGAAGGCGCUCUUAGAUGCCACUGGCAAAUUAUGGGCAACAGGUGCUCUUGCUGGUAAAUUUGCUGGUACUUUCUUUUGUACUGCAUCUCAACACGGUGGCCAAGAAACAACCGCCUUAACGACAGUGACUUACUUUGCUCAUCAUGGUAUGAUUUAUGUCCCUCUUGGGUUUGCUAGUGCACAUUUAUUUGAUAAUUCUGAAGUUGUUGGUGGCUCAGCCUAUGGUGCAGGUACAGUAGCCAAUGGUGAUGGUAGUAGACAACCUACUCAAAAAGAGCUUGAAAUUGCUCGUACUCAAGGAGAAAACUUUGGAAAAGUUGUUGCUACAUAUGUCAAGGGAAAGACAACUGCUUAAAUAUACUUCAAUGCACACACACACACACACACAUAUAUAUAUACAUACACAUAAUAAAAAGUAAUUUGG